GGGAGGGGCGGUUGUUUCCGGAGACGCGUCCUCUCGUCACUCUCUCCUGGCGGUCGGCAGCUGGCUGGCGUCGAGGUGAUGGGUUCCCCGUUGACUGUGGGCUCUCCGCCGGCCCGUGACGUCUUCUACUGGCUCGGGGUCGCCGCCGUGAUCUGGUUUUCGCUGAAGCUGGCGUAUCGGCUGCUGAGCGGGGCGCGGGUGUUCGUGUUCGGGACGGGCGUAAAGGUGGAGAGCUUCGGCCGCUGGGCAGUUGUUACAGGAGCAACUGAUGGAAUUGGAAAGGCUUAUGCAAAGGAGCUUGCCAAGCGUGGCAUGAGCAUUGUCCUGAUCAGCAGAAAUGAAGAAAAACUGCGUGAAGUGGCCAAGGAAAUAAACGAGCAGUUCGGAGUUGAAACAAAAACAAUUGCAGUAGAUUUUGGAGAAGGAGCUGAGAUCUACAAGGUUAUUGAGCCCAUUCUGGCUGGACUGGAGAUAGGUGUUCUUGUGAACAAUGUGGGGAUUUCUUACAGUUACCCAGAAUAUUUCCUGGCUGUGCCUGAUCUGGACAAUUUCAUCAGCAAAAUGAUCAACAUCAACAUUUUGUCUAUCUGUAAGAUGUCUGCGAUGGUAUUGCCUGCCAUGGUACAACGGUCAAAGGGCAUCAUCCUGAAUGUGUCAUCUGCAAGCGCAUUGUUUCCAGUACCCUUACUGACGCUCUACUCUGCAUCCAAAACAUUUGUGGAUUAUUUUUCACAAGCACUCCAUGCUGAGUACAACAGAAAGGGGGUCAUUGUCCAGAGCAUACUUCCAUUCUAUGUGGUAUCCAAGUUGAGUAAGAUCCGAACACCAACUGUGGACACACCGAGUCCAGCAACCUACGUGAAAGCUGCCUUAGACACAGUUGGCCUUCAGGUGCAGACACAUGGCUACUUACCACAUGCCAUAAAGGGUUGGAUUGUUACAUCCGUGCUUCCAGUUUGUCUGGUAAUGAAGUACAUCACAAAUAACAACCUGCGUAUCCGUGCUCGCUCACUUAAGAAGCUGAAAGAAAAAGGGGAUUGACCAGAACUUGCAAGCUGAUCAACAAGAAGCACAAGGAAACCGAUUCUCUAUCACGUGAAACAGCAAUAUUAUUGACGCAAAAUUUAGUGGCCCAAAGUACAACUUGGUGAAAUUGCUCCAAGGGCCAAAUUGGGAGAUUUUUCAUUUCUUUCUUUAAUUUCCUUUUUGUGCACAGGAUUGUUUGCAUUUAGUUUGGUAAAGACCCAGCAAGACUGCUGUUCAGUAAAACUGGUAAGCAGAGUUCUGUCCAUGCAUUUAAAUAACAGCACAAAGUUUGACUCCGCUGGGAUUGGUAUGGAAGAGAUGAUUUUAGCUAGAUUGCACCCCUCAUUGGGGGGGGGGGGGGAGGGGGGGGAGGUGGAGGGAGGCGGGGAACCAGCACCAAUUCAAAAGCUGCAACAAACUGCGACAUCAGUGCUUUUGACCAGAUAGAAUCCUAAUCAAAUCUCCAUCUGUAUAAGGCUUAGAAAGAUAAAAUAAAGAUGUCCAAAGAAAAUACUCUAUCUGAUUUAAUGUUUAAAAAAAAAAUUCAAUGUAAACAUUACCUGUGCAAUUAAGAGUUAGCUUGUAUAAAUAACUGUUUUUGGAAAGUAAGCAGCAUUUAUUCAGAUAAUUUGAUGUUUAUUCACAUUAGUUAUUACGUUCCAAAGUGUACACAUUGUACUAACUCAAAAGCAUUUGAAUUUUCUAUUAUGUUGGGGCUAAGUUUGUGUACUCUUGGCAUAUACUGGAAACAUUUACAAUUUUUGUUUUUCCAUUUAUUUGUGUGUUAAAACAGGUAUCAUAAUCAUAGAACACCAUCAGCAUCUAAUGUCCUGAAGCAGAAUUAUUACUCCAUCAUCACUUGUGUUUUUUACGCAUUUUUUGUACUUCCAUAACAGACACGUGUCCCAUGUCUGUUCACUAUAGUGAAACCAUAAAAAAACAUGUCUUAAGUAAUCUAAAGAUAAAUACCAUUGUUAUUUAAAGAACUUCCCAAUCACGAACACUCCCAGAUGAGAUCUUAAAAUAUAGUUGGAUAAGAAUAUUAAUUCAGUACUGCUUUGACAAAGCCAAUGUCAGAUAUUAGCACUGGUCAAAACACAUUUAAAAAGGAUUUGAAAAAUACUGAUUUUACUCAGUUAGAAGCUGAUAUUUCUGGCAGUAACUUUUCACAGAUAACAACAUCUGGUUGUAUUUCCAAUACUUGCAGAAUCAAGUUAACACUCUUAGUUGCAUAGAAAAUUGUACAAGAAUUUUUCAUGCCAGCUGUAAACAUUAAUCAAUGACAUAAUCUGUGCAGUGAUGAGAGAAUAGUUUCAUGUAUUUCAGAUUGGUUUUUGUACUGGGUGCUAUUGAACAGUUCUUGGAUUUGGUGAAUGUAGUCCAAAGAAACCUUUAAAUUACAUGCCACUGCAUUUCUUGACUUUGAGUCAUUUGACUGUCCUACAAACAUUUGACUUGAUCCAUUAUCACUUAGUAUUCCAAAGGUGAUUGAUUGCUUCAUGUUUAGGAGAAACUGGCACCCAGUUUUUAAUUAAUGUCAGCUAGCUUCCACACAGUUUUCUGCUCUGAAUUGAAUUUGAAAUCAAAUGAACAGGUAUGUUUUGUAGUUUCUUGCUAAUUUAAAAUGCUAUAGUGGAAGCAUUUUUAAAUCCAGUUUUCAUCCAUGUCUUGUAGUGCAAAUAUCAAACAUCAGUAACUGACUUGUGGCAAAGAUGUUAUGAGUUGAAGUUUUGUAAACAACUUGUGGAUUUCUUACAUUUUGUACUUGUAGGUUCACAACUUUGUUUCCUAUUAUUAAAAUAUUAGUAUCUGAUUUCCUGUGAAGGUAAAGGUUCAUAAAGGAGAAAGUACCAUUGGAAGGGAGAAGGGUGAUUUGUUCACAGAUGUGUACAGACCUGUUUUCUUUAUUCAUAAAGUAGAAUCACCAACAUUACAUUCGUGCAGUUAUAGUUAAAUCCAACACAAUGACCUGAAUCAUUCCAAGAUGAAUCUGGCAUUGACAUGUCAUUAGAGCCUUAGUUUCCAUGUUUUAACAGUGACUUGUCUGCAUAUUUGUGCUUAUCCCAAAUUCUAGAAGAACUUGAUCAUUGAAUUAUCAUGAUAAAGCUACUGCUUGCCCCCAAUCCUCAAAACAAAAAAAAAUUACUGGAUGCAUUUCUGUAAUCCCUGUGUCAGCUAAGAUGUGAGCAUAUGAAUAAUAACAAAAAAAUAAAAAAAAUACAUGUCUAUAAACUUCUGCAAACUCUGAGCUUGGUUUAUACCUAAUAGUAAUCUAAGUGAAUAAAAUACUCAAAUCUGGUCUAAAAUUACAUAAUGGCACUUGUUCGUGGCAAAGUGCCUUUUGGCCUAAUACAUUGCUGGGCAUGUGGUUCUGAAUUUAAAAACUAUGCUACUACUAAUUGCAAGCAUGAGUAGCAAAAUUGUUGGUUUACAUAUAACUGAUAACCCAAUUUUAGAUUCGCUCAAAGUAAUCCUGAAAUGGGACAUGAAUGUGUAUUCAUCUAUGAGUCAUUAUGGUAUUCUUUCUAGUGUGUGUAAAAUAAAUUCUGGUGGCAUUGAAAGUUCUGGAUGUUUCUAAGUGUGCAAUACCGAUACAAUGGUGCUGAACUGAUUAAAUAGAAGUUUGUGCUCGAUUUGGUUCAUAUUGCAGAUUUGGUGAGCUGAAUAAGUGAGGGGUUGUCUUUGUCCAAGGUGUGUAAAAUAGGUUGAGAAAUUUUGUCAAUUCAGUUGUAAGUAGUAUUGCAGAACUUGACUGUUUUCACCAAUGAGAACCAUUUCUGGUUAAUAUGUGCAACUAACACAAUAAAGCAGCUUAUUCGUGAAACACUGA